UCCUCUGGGAGCUUUUGAGCCAAUCGAGAAAAUUAGUAAUGGCAGAAGAUAACCAUGCAAUUGGGAUUGAUCUGGGGACAACUUAUUCGUGUGUGGCAGCGUGGGAGGCUGAUCAUGUAGAAAUCCUGGUGAACGAUCACGGUAACAGGACAACUCGAUCUUAUGUUACAUUCACUGAUAGUAAGAGGUUGGUAGGUGAUGAAGCAUUUAACCAAGUCGGGAGGUUCCCCGCCAACUCAAUCUUCGAUGCGAAGCGGUUAAUUGGUAGGAGAUUUAGUGACGAAACUGUUCAAAAUGAUACCAGGCGCUGGCCAUUCAAGGUCAUUGAAGGUCCGGCUGACAAGCCCAUGAUUGUGGUUAACCACAAGGGUGAAGAGAAACAAUUUGCUGCUGAAGACAUCUCAUCCAUGGUUUUGGCAAAGAUGCGGGAGAUUGCCGACUCCUACCUCGGCUCAAGGAUUCCGGUAAAAAAUGCAGUUAUCACUGUCCCCUCUUACUUCAACGACUCUCAGCGCCAGGCAACAAUACAAGCUGGUAAAUUAGCCGGCUUAAAUGUGCUGCGUAUUAUCAAUGAACCAACUGCUGCAGCCAUCGCCUAUGGCAUCGACAAGAAGGCCGGUUGGUUUCGUAAGAGAAAUGUGAUGAUAUUUGAUUGGGGUGGUGGUACUUUGGAUGUGUCGCUACUAAACAUAGGCCAUGGUGUCUUUGACGUGAAGGCGACUGCCGGAGACACUCACCUUGGUGGUGAAGACUUGGAUAACAGAAUGGUGGAUUACUGCAUCGACGAAUUCAAGACAAAAAAGAAGGUGGACAUUUGUGGACACCCCAAAGCUCUUCGGAAGGCCAAAACUGCGUGUGAGAAAGCAAAGAAGGCACUUUCAUUUUGCUUUGACAUUGAUAUUGAAAUCGACUCUUGGUAUAUGGGUGAAGAUUUUUAUACAACUUUCACCCGGAACAAAUUCGAAGAACUGAACAUGGAUAUCUUCAACAAGUGCAUGGAGCCCGUGAAAAGGUGUUUGUGUUGA